AUCUAGGGGAGAGGCACUGUGACAAGUGAGCAUCAUCCUUGUAGCGUUGUAUUCGAUCCAGAAGACUCCUAUAGGCUUUCCACUUGUCUCCUACUACCCAGCUCAGAAUAACAUUUCUAGCCUCUCCGUUAUCAAAAUAUGACUCAACCAACGUGCUUAUCAUUAAUAUCGAUCAUCACACAACGGAUACAACUGCGAGAAUGCUCUGCUUUGAAGAACUUGAGGAAAUUAAACCGAACCGAACUGGACCUUCCAAACUUGUUCGGUUUAGGUUAUUGAAACAUAAACUGAGCUUCUCUCUCUCUCUCUGUCUGCACCAAUGGCUUCUCGCUUGUACACAAACUCACCUCAAAACCUUCACUUUGUUGCUUCUUCCACUAAAACUCACUCUUUCAAAACAUCCGUCACCGUCCGUUGCGCAUCCAUUGCCACAUCACCCAACAACAGGUGGUCUCUCCAUGGAAUGUCUGCUCUUGUCACCGGUGGCACUCGAGGCAUCGGGCGUGCGAUUGUUGAAGAGCUGGUCGGCCUUGGAGCAAAGGUUCACACUUGCGCUCGCAAUGAGACAGAACUCAAAGAAUCUUUGAGAGACUGGAACCGUUCGGGUUUCCAAGUUGAUGGGUCGGUCUGCGAUGUCUCUGAUCGAGCUCAGCGAGAGAGCUUGAUGGAAACUGUCUCCUCUCUCUUCCAUGGGAAGCUUCAUAUCCUUGUAAACAAUGUUGGGACGAACAUCAGGAAACCAAUGGUAGAUUUCACUCCUGAAGAGUUUUCAACUCUCCUUUCCACGAAUUUCGAAUCGGUUUUUCAUCUAUGCCAACUUGCUUAUCCGAUGCUUAGAGCAACUGAGACUGGAUGUGUUGUGUCCAUAUCCUCUGUUUCUGGUUUCGUCUCUCUCAAGAACAUGUCUGUCCAAUCUGCAACCAAAGGAGCAAUCAAUCAACUUACGAGAAACUUAGCUUGCGAGUGGGCUAAGGAUAAUAUAAGGGUCAAUGCUGUUGCUCCUUGGUAUAUCAAGACAUCUAUGGUGGAGCAAGUUCUUAGCAACAAAGACUACUUGGAUGAAGUUUACUCUGUAACUCCUCUUGGUCGGCUUGGAGAACCGAGAGAAGUGUCUUCUGCAGUGGCGUUUUUAUGCCUACCUGCAUCAUCUUAUAUCACAGGGCAGAUUGUGCGUGUUGAUGGAGGAAUGUCUAUAAACGGUUUCUCCCCACGACAUGAUUAGUCCACUCUUAUUACAUUUAUUAGUUUCCUUAUGCUUUUUUUUUAGUAUAUCUUUUUCGACCUGUGAAAGACAAUUCGUCAUAUGAGACUUUAACAGCUUUCUGCGUUCGGUGUUUCAUAAGAAUUGAAGUUUAUUUUCAUGUUAUUGA